AUGGAGCAGCGCUGUGCGGGACCGGGGGUCCCCGGAGCCGCGGGGCUGUCGGAGCGCAGCGCACCGGGCGGGAUGCGGAGGGGCCGGCAGUGUGCUUUCCAGGACCGGCACGAUGGGAGCAGCAACGGGAACCCGCGGCUGCCGCACCUCUCCGCCGUCAGCCAGCACCUGUACAGCCCGGCCCCGCCGCUCUCGCACUCGGGAGCCUCCGACUUCCAGCCCCCCUACUUCCCCCCCCCGUACCAGCCGCUGCCUUACUCCCAGUCCAGCGACCCCUACUCGCACCUCGGGGACCCCUUCUCCAUCAACCCCCUGCACCAGCCGCCGCCGCCGCCGCCCAGCCAGCAGCAGAGCGCUUGGCCGAACCGGCAGAGCCAGGAGCCGGCGGGGCUGGCCCCGCACGGCCGCCCCGGGCUGGUGCCGCACCUCUCGGCGCUGGAGAGCGGCUCUGCCGGCAGCCGCCGGGAGACUUUCCGGCGCUCCGAGCUGCUGCUGCCCCACGGGCACGGGCUGGACGCCUCGGCGCUGGCCGAUAACCUGGGCCUGCACGACAUGGCCCACCAGAUGGAGGAGGUGCAGAAUGUGGAAGAUCAACACUUACUAAUGCAUGACCAGACAGUCAUUAGAAAAGGUCCCAUCUCCCUAACGAAAAACAGCGCUCUGAGCCUGCCCUGCCAAAAGGAUGGAUUAAUUGGGGUGGUGAUCAACCCCAACGAAGUGUUUUGCUCCGUGCCAGGGAGGCUCUCCCUGCUCAGCUCCACGUCCAAGUACAAAGUGACAGUGGCAGAGGUGCAGAGGCGGCUCUCGCCCCCGGAGUGUCUCAAUGCCUCCCUGCUAGGAGGAGUCCUGCGAAGAGCCAAAUCUAAAAAUGGUGGCAGAUCAUUAAGGGAAAAACUGGAUAAAAUUGGCUUGAAUCUUCCUGCUGGCAGAAGGAAAGCUGCAAAUGUGACACUAUUGACAUCUUUGGUGGAAGGUGAAGCUGUGCAUCUUGCUCGUGACUUUGGCUACGUGUGUGAGACAGAGUUUCCUUCCAAAGCAGUGGCUGAAUAUUUAACCAGACCACACAUGGGCCGCAACGAAAUGGCAAACAGGAAGAACAUGCUCCUUGCUGCAAAGCAGAUCUGUAAGGAAUUCACAGACCUCCUCACUCAGGACAGAACUCCUCUUGGAAACACAAGACCCAGCCCCAUCUUGGACCCUGGCAUCCAGGGCUGUUUGACUCAUUUUAGCCUGAUCACACAUGGCUUUGGGAGCGCUGCCAUCUGUGCUGCCAUGACAUCCGUCCAGAACUACCUAAAUGAAGCGUUAAAAAUUGCAGACAAAUCCUACAUGAACGCUGGAGACCAGAGCCCCGCAGAGACCAACAAAACCAUUGACAAAAUGGACAAGCACAGGAAGUGAAAGGAAAACCAGACUUUAUCCUUCCUCCUACACACAGACUCAGAUCUUCUUGCCAGGGGGAACAUAGAGAUUUGGGAGGUUUAUUUUUCUUUUUUUUUUUUUUUUUUUUUUUUUUUUUUUU